GACUGUGAGGCACUUUAAUAAAAUUCUCAAAAAAAUAUGUUAUCAUUCUUUGACACUCGGGAGACUUUGCUUCAAAGGGAACAAAGUUUUCACUAAUACUCGGAAUGAUGGGUGCCUAUGCAUUAGCACUGUUGUUUUAUUACCAGAAUUAGAUCCGACGGUCUAUCUAUUUAUCUUUCUGUCAAAAACAAAACACGCCAAUAUUUGAUCUUUCGUCAAAAUAAAACAUACCAAAAAAUUGAUCCCUUCUUCAAUUCUAAGCUACAGUAGAGAGAGGGAGAGAAUUGAUCCGCCAUGCCUGCUCGAAGACGAGGUCCAGCGGCAACAAGUUCAAUUUCUGAAGAGCCGGUGAUUGUUCCAAGUCCAAUUUCUGAAGAGCCAGUGAUUGUUCCUUCAAAACUCCCUGAAAUUGCAUCAGUUUCAGCUGUAUUCUUUGCCCUAUUUUUCUACUUGUUGUUUAAACAUUACAAAAUUGAACAUGAUUUGAAGAGAUCUAUUCUUAUCAAUUUAGGUCUUAGCUUCGUGGGUUUCAUCAUCAGUCUGAUUUUGAUUCCUGUAGCCUCACGUUAUGUACUCAGACGAAAUCUCUUUGGUUAUGAUAUCAAUAAGAAGGGUACCCCUCAAGGUUUAAUCAAAGUGCCUGAAUCUUUGGGCAUUGUUAUCGGGGUUGUUUUCUUGGUUGUGGCAAUAGUGUUUCAGUAUUUCAACUUAACACAAGACUCCAAUUGGCUUGUGGAGUACAAUGCUGCAUUAGCAUCCAUCUGCUUCAUGAUCCUUCUUGGAUUUAUUGACGAUGUCCUUGAUGUCCCCUGGAGAAUGAAAUUGAUGUUGCCUUCAAUUGCAGCACUUCCCCUCUUGAUGGCGUAUGCUGGACAUACAACUAUCAUCAUACCAAAGCCUCUCAUUCCAUAUGUUGGACUUGAGAUUUUGGACCUUGGUGGCAUAUAUAAACUGUACAUGUUCCUUUUGGCUGUAUUUUGUACGAACUCCAUCAAUAUUCACGCUGGUAUUAAUGGCCUUGAAGUUGGACAGACAGCUGUAAUUGCAUCUGCUAUUAUGAUACAUAAUGUAAUGCAAAUUGGAGCAUCGUCCGAUCCUGAGUAUAAACAGGCUCAUGCUUUCUCCAUUUACCUGGCACAACCCUUACUCACCACCUCAUUAGGCUUACUUUGUUUUAAUUGGUACCCGUCUUCAGUUUUUGUUGGUGACACCUACACAUACUUCGCUGGAAUGUCUAUGGCUGUAAUUGGCAUACUUGGCCACUUCAGUGAAACCCUCCUGAUCUUUUUCUUGCCUCAAGUUCUAAACUUCCUUGCAUCUUGUCCUCAGCUUUUUGGAUUUAUCAACUGCCCACGACAUCGUUUGCCUAGGUUUGAUCCUGAAACAGGACUACUAACUGGCACUAGAGAUGGAACGCUUGUUAAUAUCUUCCUAAGAUUGUUUGGUCGGUGCACGGAGAAACAACUUUGCAUUAGGCUUCUAGGAUUCCAGGCUUUGUGCUGCGUCUUCUGUUUUGGCUUGAGGCAUUUUCUUGCUGGUUGGUACAAGUGAAGAGAUGCAGAGCACUUGAAAAAGAAACACUCGGAGAUUUUUUUCUCCCUGACACGAGGAGGAACUUAUUUGUAAGGAGAUGCCUGGUAUCUUCUGUGGGCAGCCUGGGUAAAGAGGUUUCUUCUUGCAGUUUAACAGUAGUAAUUUUAACAGAUACAGCACAAGAAAAGAAUAUCUACAUAAACAUUCUAAAAACGAUUACAUAAGUUUUGACCAAAUUAAAGAGAAACGGGAAGAAAUGUUUUUACUGAAUUAUCCUCUCAAAAGAGAAACUUUUGUGUUUUGCAUCACCAGCUGGCUGCUGGUGUUUGAAUGUUCAAAAUGGAGCUCCAAUUUGUCCAA